AUGUUAUACCUUUUGAUGCUUUUGGCCAAAACUGUAUGUUUUAGUGAAGAUGUUGAUGAACAGGCAUUAGAAAGUUGUGGUGUCAAUAUUAACCCGAUAAUGAAACGAUAUGCUAGUAUUCUUGAAAAUUAUCUCAAUAAAUGUUAUUUGUCUAUUUUAAAUGAGUGUAGAAAUAAAGUAUACACAAAAGAAUUAAUAAUUGAGGAAAAAGAUUAUAUAAUUAAAAUGCUUCAAAAAAUCGACGAAGAUGGAAAGGAUCCUUCUAAUGUGUCAAAAGGUAUUGUAAAAUUAAUUAAAGAACUUAAAAGCGAACUUGAAGUAACGAAGAAUGAACUAUCUGAAUGUAAAAAGAAGCAUGAUGACAAAAUGCAAACUUGUCUAAAUGCGCUUAAAGAUAAAGAUGCUUCUAUCAUACGAAUUCAAGAAGAAUUACAGAACAAAAAAAAAGAAUUGUGUGAACUUUUAAAAAACAAAAUGGAUAAAGGUAAGGCAUCUGAAUCGAUUGUCAAGGAGAAUAAACAAAACAAAGAAACAAUAAGUUCAUUGGGUGAUCCUUCAGAUGUUAAUGAUAGCAAAUUGUCUCUUAGUUCAAAAAAUGUUCAAAUCAUUGCUUUAAUUAAAGAUUUACGAAAGAAAUUAAAGUUUGAUUGUAGAAAUACAUUAUCAUCUUCGAAGGUUUGUACAAAAAAAUCAGUUCCUAUACAGAAUUAUGAUGAAUUUACUUAUAGCAAUGGCUCUUUUAACAAAUCUUAUAAAGAGAUUUUAAUUAAAAAAUUAUUAGAAUGUAAUAAAGUGCAGCAUGAUCGCCAUCGUAAGCGAGCAGGCGAAAAUUCCGAUGAAGAAAAUGAUGGAGAUUUAGCUUAA